GAAGGAGGCCCAGGGGUAAAGGGGACAUCCCCUAAGCAUGGCUCCAGCUGGAGGGCUGAAUGAGUGUCUGCACAACAAUGGUGGCUGUUCCCACAUCUGCACUGACCUCAAGAUUGGCUUUGAGUGCACAUGCCCAGCAGGCUUCCAGCUCUUGGACCAGAAGACAUGUGGCGACAUUGAUGAGUGCCAGGACCCAGAUGCUUGCAGCCAAAUCUGUGUGAAUUACAAGGGCUACUUUAAAUGCGAGUGCCACCCUGGCUAUGAGAUGGACACACUGACCAAGAACUGCAAGGCUAUAGCUGGCAAGAGCCCAUCCCUAAUCUUCACCAACCGACAUGAGGUGCGAAAGAUAGACCUGGUGAAGCGGGACUAUUCGCGCCUCAUCCCCAUGCUCAAGAACGUCGUGGCACUUGAUGUGGAAGUAGCCACCAAUCGUAUAUACUGGUGUGACCUUUCCUACCGCAAGAUCUAUAGUGCCCACAUGGACAAGGCCAGUGUCCCGGAUGAACAGGUGGUCCUCAUUGACGAGCAGCUGCACUCUCCAGAGGGCCUGGCCGUGGACUGGGUUCACAAGCACAUCUACUGGACAGACUCGGGCAAUAAGACUAUCUCAGUGGCCACAGUUGAUGGCCGCCGCCGAUGCACUCUCUUCAGCCGGGACCUCAGUGAACCCCGAGCCAUCGCUGUUGACCCCCUGCGAGGGUUCAUGUACUGGUCUGACUGGGGGUUCCAGGCAAAGAUUGAGAAAUCUGGGCUCAACGGUGUGGACCGACAAACACUGGUGUCAGACAAUAUUGAAUGGCCCAAUGGAAUCACCCUGGACUUGCUGAGCCAGCGCUUAUACUGGGUGGACUCCAAGCUGCACCAGCUGUCCAGCAUUGACUUCAAUGGAGGCAACAGAAAGAUGCUGAUUUUUUCCACUGACUUCCUGAGUCAUCCUUUUGGGAUAGCUGUGUUUGAGGACAAGGUAUUCUGGACAGACCUGGAGAACGAGGCCAUUUUCAGUGCAAAUCGGCUCAAUGGCCUGGAAAUCUCCAUCCUGGCGGAGAACCUCAAUAACCCACAUGACAUUGUCAUCUUCCAUGAGCUGAAGCAGCCAAGAGCUGCAGAUGCCUGCGAGCUGAGUGUCCAGCCCAAUGGUGGCUGUGAAUACCUGUGCCUUCCUGCUCCUCAGAUCUCUAGCCACUCUCCUAAGUACACAUGUGCCUGUCCUGACACGAUGUGGCUGGGCCCAGAUAUGAAGAGAUGCUACCGAGCACCUCAGUCUACCUCAACUACAACGUUAGCCUCUGCUAUGACAAGGACAGUACCUGUUACUACAAGAGCUCCUGGGACCAGCACCCAUGAUUCUACUUACCAGAACCACAGCACAGAGACUCCAAGCCUGACAGCUGCAGCCUCAAGCUCAGUUCCUAUCCCCAGGGCUCCCAGCAUCAGCCCAUCUGCCCUAAGCCCUGCAACCAGUAACCACUCACAGCACUAUGGGAAUGAAGGCAACAAGAUGGACUCAACAGACACUGCUGCUGUCAUUGGGAUCGUUGUGCCCAUAGCGGUAAUAGUCCUGUUGUGCAUGAGUGGCUACCUGAUCUGGAGAAACUGGAAGCGGAAGAACACCAAGAGCAUGAAUUUUGACAACCCAGUGUACAGGAAAACAACAGAAGAAGAAGAUGAAGAUGAGCUCCAUAUAGGAAGGACUGCUCAGAUUGGCCAUGUCUAUCCUGCAGCAAUCAGCAGCUUUGAUCGCCCACUGUGGGCAGAGCCCUGUCUUGGGGAGACCAGAGACCUGGAAGACCCAGCCCCUGCCCUCAAGGAGCUUUUUGUCUUGCCGGGGGAAUCAAGGUCACAGCUGCACCAACUCACGAAGAACCCUCUUUCCGAGCUGCCUGUCGUCAAGUGCAAGCGAGUGGCAGUAAGUCUUGAAGAUGAUGGACUGCCCUGAGGAUGGGACCACCUACUUCGUGCCUCAUGGAGUUCAGUCCUAUGCACUACUCUCUCUGGCUGGUGUAUGAAUGGAUGAAUGGGUUUCUAUAUAUGGGUCUGUGUGUGUGUGUGUGUGUGUGUGUGUGUGUGCGUGCGUGCAUGCGUGUGUGCGUGUGUGUACAACUUUUUUAAAAUUUAUGUUGCGGAAAGGUAACCACAAAGUUAUGAUGAACUGCAGACAUCCAAAGGAUGUGAAAGUUUUUAUAUGUAUAAUGUUUUAUACACUUUUUAACUGUUGCACUACCCAUGAAGAAUUCAUGGAAUGGCUUACUGCUGAGUGACUAACAUGAUGUACAUAACCAAACGGGGGCCAAUGGUACAAACUUUACUCAUCAUUUAAAUACUAUAUUUACAGAGGAUGUUUGAUUUGAGGGCUUUUUUAGGUUUGAGGGGUUUGGCUUUUUUUUUUGUAAAUAAUAUAAUUAUGCUUUGUGGCUAUCCAUCAACAUAAGUAUAAAAAGAACACUUCAACUCCCUCCCACAUUAGAUUAUUUAUUAACAUAUUUCAAAAAUAAGAUUAGCGCUAUAAUUUAGAGAAGUGAGAGUAUUUAUUUUUGGUAUGUUUGGCCCAGUACACAGACUCUGUGUGUGUUUAUGUGUGUAUGUUUGUGUGAGAAAAAAAAUCUGUAGAGAAGGGGCACACUUAUGUUCAAAUACAUAAAGACAGGAUUAUUUUAAAACAGUUCACAAGAGGGGUAGCUAGUUUUCAGAGAUGUCUUUGGAAACUUCCCUCGGUAAAUAGAUACCAUACUUUGCAAACCUGUAGUAGGAAAGGUCGAUCUUUUCACCUUUGGCUAUUUUUGAGACCCUGGUAAGUCAGGAAAAAGCUCCUUAACUUACCCAUGGCUGCCGUGAUGCCCACCUGGGCUUUCUUGUCUGUGGCUUAGGUCAGUAUACAGAUUUUACAUAGUGCUAGAAGGUCUUAUGAGCUCAAGACUGCACACCCAAAGCUCAGUAAGUCCUUCUUUUAAAGUUCAGCUCUUGAGUAACAACUCAGGUUGAAUUCAGUAAAUUUUCUCUGCACACCUGAAGACUCAUCCUUACUUACAGAGCUAAGUGAAAAUGUUUUUAGACUGGCCUGAGUUUAUGAUAAGGACUGGCUCAGGCACUGACCCUCUGAGAUGCUGUGGAGGAUGAAGACAGGGAUUUUGGAAUAAGUUUGAUCACAUAUGUUUCUCCCAUCCCCUCAGUCUCUACCAUUCCCUUAAGUAGGGGAAACAUUUUAAAAUAAUAAGCAGGUUUCUUACCACCAUAUGUUCAUAUUAGAUAAGAUUAAGACCCAAAAGGUGGCCACACCCAAAGUCAUAUUUUGGGGGAAAUGGUAUUGGCAAUAUAGCAUAUUGGAUGUAUAUGUCCACACAGGGAUUUGGUUUACCACUUUGUAAAUAAAAGGAAAAACUCUGGGUAUAUGUAUAAUUUGUUUUUUAAUUAUAGAUACUACCUUUACUUUUCCUGGGCCUUGAGGGGAAUGAGGAGAAAUGCUCUUUUCUGUCUGUGGGAUUUGCCAUUAAAAACAUAAUUCUGGGGUCCCAGAAGGAAUUCAGUCCCCACUGCCUUUCUCUUCCAAAGUAUGGUCUUUCCUUAAUUCUGCUGUUUUGCCAGUUCAUUCCCUCCACACAACCAGGGACAAGUAAAACAUGGAAGUAUUUGGCUUAAGUAAGAGCAGAGGAUGUAUAACUAAUCUUGACAUACCUGGAACUUGACACUCUUAAGCAGUUGUCUCCCUGUUCCCACCCUCCAGCUUCCCCCAACCCAAUGAAGCUUGAAUGUCUCACCAACCUGACACCCUUUGAGUUUCUAGACAGAUAGUCCAGAGUUCUGCCAUUCUAUUCUUUGGAGCUUGCUCUAUGUCACUGAUUAAGCUUGGGCAUUAUGCCUGACAACUUCUUUCUGGUAUGCAUGUGUUGAUGGUCCUGAGAUAUUUAUUCAGAGAGUAAAAUGUAAUUGACCUACAUGACCCAUUCCAAACAGUUUUAAGAACAGGUGGCCAACUCCUGUGGCGCUUACUUCAAGAAUGGAAAGUAAAAUUAGUUUUGAAGAAAUAGGGCAAAAGUGAAAAGCAUCGGAAUUUACACAAAACCAGCAGCUUUUUCUUUAAUCUGCUUCCAAAGAAACUGAAUUUCCUGGGGAACUAAGUAACAGUAGCUAAUAUAUAGAUUCUCAACAUCCGUCAGCUCUUGGCCUUCACAAUAAAGUAGGGACAUACAGCAACCUUGGAUUUCCAAAAGAUGAUGAACUUAGAGGCAUCCAUAUUUCCUGAACAUGUUACAACUACAGUUUGUAAGCAGAGGCAGUAGAAGCAAUCUACAAGAAGCAAGUUGAGAAAUAUAUUCUAUAGCAGUAAGGAAGUAAUCUGAGGAAUCAGAUUCUCCUUCCCUAUUCUUGGAGGCUUUUUGAGCCUCAUUCUGAGGUGUAGUUAAAAUUUUCUGCAGCCUUUUUUGCUCCUGUGCAUAUGUAUCCACAGCCAGUAAGAGAUCAUGGAAUCAUCAUACUACAGAGCUGGAAGGAUGUGCCGUGAUAAACCAAGAGGGCAGAAAGUUCGCCAAACAAUAUUUACUUUAAAAAAGCCAGCCCAGUCUUUUUCCUCCCCUUCUCCAGGAGACAGCUUUGGGCUGCCUCAAAAAAGAAUCAAACCUGCUUUCUCUCCUGUGGCUGUCUUUCCAGUAGACUGGUCAAGGCACUACCAGAAAAUAGCCUUCCAGAAACAAACUAUUUACUCUUCAGAGCAGGAUCAUAUAUCAAAACAGACUGAAGUAACCUCUAACUUCAAGCAGAAAAAAUAAUUAAAUGGGAUUUAAAUUUAUGGUAAAAUUAUGUUUGCAACAUAUGCAUUCCCAAAGGAUUCACUGGGUGCCAGCUUUGUGCCAGAUCAAUCAGAGAAGAUAUGUGUGGAUAUAUAUAAAUUUCACUUACAGUCAGGUCAGGGCACAGCAAAAGAGAAAGGUCAAAUUGCCUGAAGUGAAAACCUGAGCCAUCAUAGAAGUGACCUGAAACCAAAUCUUAACAUUAGAAGUGCAGCUUCUGGCAGAGGAGAUAUGGAGCUAAGACACGGAAGCAUGAAUCAGCCAGGGGACUUUGGGAACUACAUGUCGUUCAUUAUAACUGGAAUCAAAGACUCAAGGAGAGCUGGCAAGAAAUGAAGCUGGAUGGAAAGACAAGUUCAACAUAAGCACUAUAAAAUAAUUUCCGAUUUGAUUAAGCAGACAUUUCUUUGGUAAUUUACUAUGUACAACAAGGCAUCAUGGGAAACUUGGGAUGUGUUGAUGGUACUUUGCAGACAUGACAUUAUUCAGCUUCAAGCUUUCCGAUGGCCACAGGGAAAUGUUGACUGAUUUCCCUAUAUUUGAAUCAGAUUUUUUUAUAUGAUUAGUGAAAACUAAUACAAGGGCAGUGUGAUUUUCACAGAAGCAUGCCAUGUUGUCAAGCACCUUUUAGGUUUUCUCAACUGUGAGAAAGAAAAGGAGAUGGUAGAGGUGGAGUCUGAAGAGGGGAUUGAAAUCACUGUACAGUCAGGUGCUAAUGGAAUGGGAGAGCGCCGUUCUUAUCCUGUAGAAUACAAAGGCCCUCCUCACUCCAGCCAUCCACACCAUUUCUCCAAGCAUCAAUAUUAGCAGUUUCAGAAUAAAUGAUUUCCUUCCCCAUAAAUGCAUGAAGAUAGAGUGUCAGAGUCUCCUUACACUAUAUUUUUAGGGUAUUUGGGAGUUUUCAGGAUAUAAAGAACUUAAAGGGUGGAGGAAAUUACAGCUUCAAAUUUUCAGUUAAUAUUAAAAAAUUAGGAAGCUUCAUCCAGACUGCACCAUGUGCACAGUUAAGAUUCAGCAGUAACUGCAUUUGCAAACACUUUGUGCUAUAAAAAGUAAUUUUUAAAAAGCCACCCGUAUAAAUAUAUAUAUUUAAAGACAAGAUUUUGAUACUUUUUUUUACAAAAGCUGCAAGAGAAAACUGUACAAACCACAGGCUUUUAAAGUAGGAUUUUCUUCUAUAUAAACUGUUAAUUUGGGGUUAAGGUACUGGUUUGCAAACUCACUGUAUCCAAAUGGAUUUUCUUGUCUGUUGUUGCCCCCUGCCCCCAUACCAUAUUUAAUGUCAUAGUUGGGCAUGUAAAUUGUUGGUUGCACUAAUAGUGUUGUCUUGUCAUUCCAAGUUCCAUGUUUCUGUACUCAGUGCCUAGGCAAUCUGGCGUCACUUCCAGAGGCAGAGGGACUGGAGGAGGUGUGCUACAUUUCACUAGCUAUACUGACAUCAUCUUGGUGGACUGCGAACCAAAUGUGGACAUUUGUAAAAUCAGUACACUGUUUCUAGAGAGAUUAAAUUAAUUUUUAAAAUCUG